AAAAAGAGAAAAUAUCCUUCCGUUGUUGACUUCAAACAGAACUAGCGCCAACGACUCGUUGCUAAUCUUCGCUGUUAAUCGCUUUGGUCUUAUUUAAAAUAAAGAUUUAAAUCCAAAUUUUCCACCUCACCCUCGUCAAGUCUCUCUCUAAAUUAACCUCUGUGCCUCUUUCUCUCUCCCUCUCUCUCUCUUUUGCUUGAUCGCUCGCUUUGUUAUUGUUCUUCAGAAGCUGCUGUGCGAGCAAAAUCAGAAACUAGGGUUAGCUUACAUCGGAGAUGGCUCCCAAGGAUCCGAAGCAGAGUGGAGGUUUCUUCGCCUCGAUGGCUUCCACUUUGACCAAUCUUGGCAGCGCCAUGACCAAAUCCGUCAACGGCAUAGUGGGUUAUGAGGGGCUGGAGGUUAUCAACCCAGAUGGAAGCUCAGAAGAUCUCGAAGACGAAGCAAGGAAAGGAAGGUGGAAGCAGGAGGAUCGGGAUGGUUACUGGAAGGUGAUGCAGAAGUAUAUAGGCUCUGACGUCACAUCAUUGGUGACCCUUCCAGUGCUUAUUUUUGAGCCAAUGACUAUGCUACAGAAAAUGGCAGAGCUGAUGGAAUACUCCCAUCUGUUAGAUCUGGCAGAUGAAUGUGAGGAUCCAUACAUGAGAUUGGUGUAUGCAUCCUCAUUUUUUAUAUCUGUUUACUUUGCCUUUCAACGAACCUGGAAGCCAUUCAAUCCAAUACUUGGUGAGACUUAUGAGAUGGUUAACCAUGGUGGCAUUACGUUUAUAUCAGAACAAGUCAGUCAUCACCCUCCUAUGAGUGCUGGUCAUGCUGAAAAUGAGCAUUUCAUUUACGACAUAACUUCGAAGGUGAAAACCAAAUUUCUAGGGAACUCAAUUGAUAUCUAUCCAGUCGGAAGAACGCGUUUGACCCUAAAAAAAGAUGGCGUAGUCCUUGAUUUGGCACCCCCUCCAACAAAAGUUAACAACUUAAUUUUUGGACGAACAUGGGUUGAUUCACCAGGAGAUAUGGUUCUGACCAAUUUGACCACGGGAGACAAAGUUGUGCUAUAUUUUCAACCAUGCGGCUGGUUUGGAUCUGGUCGCUAUGAAGUAGAUGGGUAUGUUUAUAAUUCUGCCGAGGAACCUAAAAUAUUGAUGACUGGAAAAUGGAACGAGUCAAUGAGUUAUCAACCCUGUGACUCAGAAGGGGAACCACUUCCUGGCACUGAACUGAAAGAGGUGUGGAGAGUUGCUGAUGUUCCAGAAAAUGAUAAAUUCCAGUACACACAUUUUGCUCAUAAGAUAAAUAGCUUUGACACUGCUCCUAAGAAGUUAUUGGCAUCAGACUCUCGCUUGCGUCCUGAUAGAUACGCACUGGAGCAAGGUGACUUAUCCAAAGCGGGUUUUGAAAAGAGCAGUCUGGAGGAGAGACAGAGAGAUGAGAAGAAAAAUCGAGUGGCAAAGGGACAGGAGUUUACUCCAAGAUGGUUUGACAAAACAGAUGAAAUCUGUCCUACAACGUGGGAUGACUUGGAAGUGUACCGUUACAAUGGAAAAUACACUGAACAUCGGGCUGCAGUAGAUAACUCAGACAGCGUUGAAGCGAUUGACGUCAAAUCAAUAGAGUUCAACCCCUGGCAAUAUGAGAAUUUGGCUGCUGCUUGAGGUGUAUCAUGUGAUUGUUUUGCUUGUAUAAUAGUUUUGCAUAUUUAUUUGUUAUUCUUACCUUUGCUCGCUCCCCUUGGGAGUCAGUAUCAUGAUGGAAUUAUAAGACGGAUAGGCUUUCCUAGCUAUGACAUUGAUGUGUUGUGGUGUUAGAUCUUUUGCAAUCUUUUAUUAUGAAAAGCAAUUAAAGGUUGGAAAUC